UCUUGUGUUUGUUUUCGCUCCAACACGUUUCGGUCCCACAUGGCACGAAUAGAAAAUGCUGUUGAAAUUACUGUAUGUGAAGACAGUGGUUUUGUGGCGUAUGAACGUGACUUAGAAAAAGAUAAUAUAAUUAUAACAGACACAAAGCGUGUUUCUAUUUAUUGUCUAACAGAUCAUAAAUGCAUCCAGAGCUGGUUUGUGCGACAGAAUUCGCCUUUCACAUCACAGGCCGUUUAUGAUGUUGAAAGUCAAAGUUAUGUUGCGGUUAAAAAAAACAAGAAUUUGAUUAAAUGGUUUAAAGAAACAACCGACUUGACCAAGGUCAAACCAGUGGUGUUGUCCACAGCUGUCUGCUGCCUCCUUCCUCAAGUCAACAGUUCAACGUUGGUUGUUUUUGAAAAUGGCGCAGUCGCUGAAUUAGAACAAGUUCUUAUUGAACCAAAACAAGUCCACCAAAGCACUCUUCCUGACGUUUUCGAACUGAAAGAUGUCACAGUUUGUUGCCAGGGGAACCAAAUAAAAGUUUAUUUUCUGGCACAAAAUACUAAGGAUACAGUGUGGAGUGUGUUUAUUUCAGAGCAUGGGAGUGAAAGCCUAGGACAGCAAAUAGCUUUGCAGAAUCCAGACAAAGAUGCUUCUCCAGUUCAUUACAGCUUCUUAACAUUAGAGGGCAGUGUUCGUUUAAUAACAAUAUGGAGCAACGGGGAUGUAUGCCUUUCAGUAAUUCCAUUCUUUACAACAGAAGAUCAUUUGAAAUGUCGCCCUCUCUUGACUGUUAAAUCGCAUACAGCGGUAACGUGGUUAGGAGAAAAUUACUUUGCAAUUGCUGGUGUGAAAGGAUUAGAUAAAAAUAAGCCCGAUACAAGGUUUCUUACGAUAUGGGAUUCAAAGUUUGGCAGCCUUCAGGCCAAGAGGGAGUUGCCAGUUACGAGAAGAGACACCCAAAUAACAAGCAUCUAUGCCACGGAAGAAUCCAUUCUCUUGAGGAGGGAUGCUUUAAUUGUUGCAUACAAAUUUACAUGCCCAGAAGCCAGCUUAGCCUCAGCUCUUGGUUGCCUUAGAAACCAGGAAAUACAGAAUUCUGUUACAGUGCAGGCAAAUUGGAAACCACAUGCAAUGAAAGCAGUAGAAAAUAUUACUAUGAAAGAAAACUUACUGAAAGAAGCAAUGAACAAAGACAAGUGUCCAACUGAGGAAAAAUUUGCCUGUGCUUGCAAGAACCUGUUGGGACAUUUGAAUGCAGAGAAAUUCCCUGAUUCCUGUUACCUGGCAUCUCUGCUCCAGUUUGUUGCCAACAGGUGUACAGAGGAGAAGCAAUUCUGGCCAAAACAAACCCUUUUGGAAAUUAUAGAAUUUUGUAACAUUUCAGCAAGCUCUUGUAAAGAAUUCUUGAACGUUGUACUGGAGAAAGAGGAAACAGAAAUUCUGACAGGCUGUCUGAAGAACAUGUCGGAUGUACCAGAAAAAGUUAUAGUGAAGACACUUCAAAUUUAUCUAAGAAAUAACAAAGAUAAGUGUUCAGUGGAGUUAAUGGAUUCAUCAGAAGAGGGUACAAUCUGUAACCCUUUUAGUCAAGACCUUGCAGAAGCUGUGAAUAAUGUCUUAAACUGUACUUUCAAUGAUGUCUUUAUGUUGGAACAUCUGAAGAUUCUUAACCUGGAAGACGUUCUGGUAUUGGUGCAGUAUCUAUAUUUCCUUAUAAGUAUUUUUGACCACAGUGAUGAGGUCAAAGUUGAAAUGGUUAUCGACUGGUUAUGCUUGUUGCUGGACAGCCACUACUCUGCUUUGGUAAUCUCCAACAAAGCGAAGACACUUCUUGUAAAACUACACAUAGCGGUUGAAAAACAGGUUCAGUUUUCUCGCCAGCUUCAGUCGUUACAAGGCUUACUUUAUCCAGUACUCAACUCGACAUCAUUUACCGGUCAAAAUUCAAAACAUAAUAAUGGACUGUAUAGCAUUGAAGUGGUGAAGCUAUUUUAAUCGUCGUACCAUUAGACAAGAAAUAGCUCUUACUAGAUCAUUGGGUUUAUUGGCAUAUCAGUUGGGGGAACAUGCCCCCAACUGAAACCAUACUGAGCAAAAAAAAUAUUUUACAUAAAUUUUACAAAUUGUAUACGAUGUCAAUCAUCUUUUUCACCAGCAUGUCCGCUUCCCAACUUUCCUGUUGUGUUUCCUUAUCAGUGGGUGUUUAGGUUAUCUCUCUCGGGCCAGCUGUCCCUGUAAAUGAUAUUACUUGGCCCUGGAUGUCACUGCCUCACUCACUGGUGCCACCCCUAAAAGUAAGACAGAGGAACUUUGAAGGGGUGAUCACAUUUUUAAACAAAAUUGCAUUCGAAACUCAAUACCAAAAUCGGUUGUAAUUUAUAUCCCUUUUAUAGCAAAAAGUGAUUAAAAAGUAUGAGAUUAUUAUACAAUGUUGUGUGUGAAUAAACUGCUCAUUUUUUUGUGUACAG